UCAAAACAGAUUCGAUUUAUAAUAUGGCGGACUGGUCAUUUUGCAGGGCGGUUGUGUUUUGUCAUGUUUUCUUUUGUGAACGUUUUUAUUAGUCUUCGUAUGUGAAUUUAAUAUGAUAUCUUCGAUAAUUUCACGCUUGGUCAUAUUGGUAUUUGGGACGCUCUACCCGGCAUACGCAUCAUAUAAAGCUGUACGAACGAAGAAUUUAAAAGAAUACGUAAAAUGGAUGAUGUACUGGAUCGUGUUCGCCCUAUUCACGUGCACGGAGACGUUCACGGACGUGUUCCUAUCGUGGUUCCCGUUCUACUACGAGGUGAAGAUCGUUCUCGUGCUGUGGCUCCUGUCGCCGGCCACGAAAGGUUCAUCGAUACUGUACCGCAAGUUUGUGCAUCCGGCGCUGUGCCGGCGCGAGCAGGAGAUAGAUGAAUACAUAGCAAAAGCCAAAGACCAGGGUUACCAUACUGUGCUAAAUCUGGGCACUAAAGGAGUCAACUAUGCCACCACCGUUAUUAUGCAAACAGCUAUCAAAGGCGGCGGUGGACUGGUGCAACAGUUGCGCAAGAGCUACAGCUUGUCGGAUCUAACGGAGUGCGAGCCGCGCGAGGAGCUCGCCGCGGAUGAGGCGGACGACGUUUUAUCUGAACCUAGGCUUAUCAGACGCGCUGUUAAAAGCGCAUACGCAACUAGAAGAAGCGCAUCUGAGUCGAAUAGCCGUCAGCCGUUGUAUUUCCCAGAAGUCGAUGUGGACGUGCGCGGCCCUAGACCUCGUAUGGAUGAACCUGAUUUCAGCCACAUAAAGUCGACCGAGGACAUCAGCUCGGGCUACUCGAGCGCGGAGAACUCGGCGUCGCUGAGCCGAAAUCCAUUUAUGUAUUCUUUGUUGAAUGUAUUAUUUAAUAUUAGAUUUAGAGAUAUUACUUUUUAUUUAAAGGAUAACGAAGUGAUCAUCGAGGAGCUUCAGGAGGAUAAUUCGUUUGAUAAUACGAUGCCCCCUCUUCUUUCUAUAUCCUCUCCUUUAUACCUAUCCCAUACUGUCCCGCCAUUCAUUUACCAAUAUGUAGGAGACCAAGUUAAAAUUAUUCAAGUUUUAGGCAAUCCUGCGAAUAUUACUGAGAAAUGUGAUUCCGGUUUUAGAGAUGUUUUUAAGGAGGAAAACGUUCAGAACAUAAUGAAUAGAGACGGCAUAACUGUUCAAAAAGAUGAUGAAUCUUACAUUUCUUUUACUCCUCAGAAAACAGAUAUUGUCAAAGAUAAAAUGACUGUGUCUGAUGAAAAACCCAUACCAACAAAUUUAUGGAAAGAAUGUAACGAAAAACAAGAAAUGGAUGUGUCAGAUGAAUUUCUUGAUACGGUGAGCACUUGUUCUUCAGAAAAUGAUAAUUAUUCAACUGAGAGUGAUGAUGAAGCAUCUUACGGAACACCCGAGCCAACGCCUAAAUCUAUUAAAAAAUCUGUAAAAGGCAAAUAUGGAAAGAGUAAAGCUCCAUCACCUCCAAAAAUUAGUGAUAUUGAUACACUACCUAAAAAGGAAUUAGCUUCGAUGGAUCUAACUCAAAACGUACAAGAUAAUGAUACGACAGUAAUUAAUAAUGAAGUAUGUGAUGUCUUUCUUCCUAGUCAGGAUAAUAUAUUAAAAGACAAUCUACAUAUAGAUGUUAAACCAGGAAGGGCUAAAUCGAAAUCCCCCUCUCGAUUACCAAUAGGAAGUAAUAUCGUAUUAGGCAAAUUAUUGCACUUUCCAAGUAAACUAGCUUUUUGGAACAAGGGAGAUGAGAAAUCUAAAUCUGACAUAUCCAUUUCUUCCGGAAAUGAAAGCAGACGAUCUUCGGAUAGAGCCAAUGAUGAAUUCCAAAGUAGCUUGGAUGUAAGAAAUCUGUCAAAUGAUAAAACUAUAGAAGUACCUCAAAUAACCACACCUGAUGACGAUGAUAAAAUAAAUAACAAAGAUGCUGGAAAAGAAAAUAUAACGCAAGAUAUAUUGGAAAAAAGUGAUGAAUUGCAAAAGAUUAUAGAUGCGAAAUUAGAAAGUCAUCCGGAAUACAAAUUUGUCCCUUUACAUGAUGAAAUUGAAACCGCUGCAAAGAGCACAGAUGUGUAGAAUCCUCCUAAUGUUCCAAUUCAGUUUAUUGCGGUGCAGGCGGACCAGUAUGUUCACUUUUAGUUUUGUGAGUUUUGCAUGGAGUUAUGCAAAUUGUGUUUUAUUGUUUUACCUAUUUAUUUCAGCCUUAGAGCGAUAUGCAACUGUCAUAGUUUGCGUAUAUUUUUAAUAAAUAUAUAU